AUGAGCACGACAGCAGAUUACGCGGCUGUAGAUGGCGCGGGCAGCGUCGGCGGCCAGGAGAAGGCAUACGCGGACGCGCUGGUUAUUCCACGGCCGGAAACAAAGGACCAGCUAGAACAGCUGCUGUACCGGUACCGCGCGAUCAUUGCGACGCCUGAAAAGAACCAGUUGGAGAUAGAUGCGAUCGAGCAGGUCUUUACGACAGUGAGCGAGCAGCAAGAGCUCUAUGUUCAGCGGCUCGCAGAGCUACGCAAGGCUGUACAGCGUGAUGUUGGCUAUGACUCCUCGUUGCUGAAAAAGCAGCUGAUCUCGCUGCAAUUGCUGAGUAGAGACAUGGACCUUCCUGUGGAACUGCUGCAGGACCUGGAAACCGUUCUGCAACCGCAGGAGAGCUCUCCCAACCCUCCUACGGACAUCAAACCCAUCCAGCUGUCGCUAGAUUUCACCGCUAAUGCUGAGAAAUUUGGGCUGAAAGAUAAGUUUUGCUCUAUUGGAUACCAGAAGACCUCAUCCAAACUAGGCGAAUACAAGAUGGAAACUGCCAUUUCUGCUCGCAUUGCGCAACGCAUCCACGAACUGGAGACUCUCCCAUCAAAUCUAGGCACUUAUUCCUUGGACGAUGCGCUGGAGUUCAUUACCAAAGGCGACGUCCCCUCCAGCAUAGAUAACCUGAAGAUAAAAGCUUUAGUGGAGCUGAAGGCUUUGAAGCUGCUGACCAAACAGAAGUCUUUGAGACAGAAGCUGAUUAGCAAUGUUACUAGCCAGUCACACCAGACCAUUCCCUAUCUCAGAGAUUCACAAUACACAAUGGCAGCCCAGCGUUCGAUCAAUGUUCGCAUGAAGGUGAUUGUUCCUCAGACCGCCAGGCUAGCCGAGGAGUUAGAAAGGCAGCAACUUCUGGAAAAGCGUAAACGGGAACGCAACCUGCACAGGCAAAAGGUGAGCCAGAUUGUGGAAUUUAUUCAACAGAGACAGCAAGAUUUCUCUUCUCACCGUGAAAGAGCAGCUCAAUUUGGAAGAAUAUGCGCUACCUUACAUUCUCAGAUGGAGAAGGAAGAGCAGAGAAGAAUCGAACGGACGGCGAAACAGCGUUUGGCAGCCUUAAAAUCUAACGAUGAGGAAGCUUACUUGAAGUUGCUGGAUCAAACAAAGGACACAAGAAUCACGCACUUAUUAAAGCAGACGAAUUCCUUCUUAGAUUCUUUAGCUCAAGCAGUGAGAGUGCAACAAAAUGAAGCCAAAUUAAGGAGGGGAGAAGAAAUUCCUCCUGUAACGGACGAAGAAAGAGAAAAGAUUGAUUACUACGAGGUAGCUCAUAGGAUUAAAGAGAAAGUUGAGAAGCAGCCUAGCAUACUGGUUGGCGGUACAUUGAAGGAGUACCAAAUACGUGGUCUAGAGUGGAUGGUUUCCCUUUAUAAUAACCAUUUGAAUGGUAUUUUGGCAGAUGAAAUGGGUCUCGGUAAGACUAUUCAAUCUAUUUCCUUGAUAACAUAUCUGUAUGAGGUGAAGAAGGAUAGUGGGCCUUUCUUAGUCAUUGUUCCACUAUCUACAAUCACUAACUGGACUUUGGAAUUUGAAAAAUGGGCACCAAGCUUAACCACUGUCAUCUACAAGGGUACUCCGAACCAGAGAAGGUCUCUACAACAUCAAGUCAGGAUAGGAGACUUCGAUGUUUUACUCACCACGUAUGAGUAUAUUAUUAAGGACCGCUCCCUACUAGCUAAGCAUGAGUGGUCUCAUAUGAUUAUCGACGAGGGUCACAGAAUGAAAAAUGCUCAGUCGAAAUUGUCAUACACUUUGACACAUUACUAUAAGACAAGACAUAGACUUAUUUUGACUGGUACACCUUUGCAGAACAAUUUGCCAGAACUAUGGGCUUUGUUGAAUUUUGUCUUGCCAAAGAUCUUCAAUUCUUCCAAAACCUUUGAUGAGUGGUUUAAUACACCUUUCUCUAAUACUGGUGGCCAAGAAAAACUUGAGCUUACAGAAGAAGAAGCAUUAUUGGUCAUCAGAAGAUUGCAUAAAGUGCUGCGGCCAUUCUUACUGCGCCGUCUAAAAAAAGAAGUGGAAAAAGACCUGCCUGAUAAAGUGGAAAAAGUAGUCAAGUGCAAAUUAUCUGGCUUACAGCAUCAAUUAUAUCAGCAGAUGUUGAAGCACAAUGCGCUGUUUGUGGGAGCUGGCACUGAAGGUGCCACGAAGGGCGGCAUAAAGGGUUUGAAUAAUAAAAUUAUGCAGUUACGGAAAAUCUGCAAUCAUCCAUUCGUAUUUGACGAAGUUGAGGGGGUUGUAAAUCCGACAAGGACUAACUCAUCCCUAUUAUACAGGGUAUCGGGUAAAUUUGAAUUGCUAGAUCGUGUGCUACCAAAGUUUAAAGCCACCGGGCAUAGAGUGCUUAUGUUCUUUCAGAUGACUCAAGUAAUGGAUAUUAUGGAGGACUUCCUGCAGAUGAAAAAUCUGAAAUACAUGCGUUUGGAUGGUGCUACUAAGGCGGAGGAACGUACUGGCAUGCUUAACGCCUUCAAUGCUCCGGACUCAGACUACUUCUGUUUCCUACUUUCGACAAGGGCAGGUGGUCUCGGCCUAAACUUGCAGACGGCCGAUACCGUUAUUAUCUUUGACACAGACUGGAAUCCUCACCAGGAUUUACAGGCUCAGGAUAGAGCCCAUAGAAUUGGACAAAAAAACGAAGUCAGGAUCCUACGGCUAAUUACAACAGACUCCGUCGAAGAGGUUAUCCUAGAAAGAGCAAUGCAAAAGCUAGACAUUGAUGGAAAGGUUAUUCAGGCGGGUAAGUUCGAUAACAAAUCUACUGCCGAAGAACAGGAGGCCUUUUUGCGCCGGCUCCUCGAAAGUGAGUCGAACAAGGACGAUGAUGACCAAGCGGAGUUGGAUGAUGUGGAACUGAACGAAAUCCUAGCACGUAACGAAGCGGAGAAGGAGCUUUUUGACAAGAUCGACCGCGAACGAGUAAUGCGUGAGCAAAAGGAGGCUGCUGCCCGAGGCCUGAAGAAGUCCCUUCCUCGUCUGAUUACCCUCGAAGAAUUACCGGAUGUGUUCACAGAGGAUAUAGAACAGCAUCUCCAGACAGGCCCCACCGCAGUGGGCCGUAUUCGCGAACGCAAACGGGUGUAUUAUGAUGAUGGUCUCACUGAGGAACAGUGGCUACAAGCUGUUGAUGACGACAACGAUACUCUCGAGGAGGCUAUUAAACGCAAGCGCGAGGCACGCGAGAAACGUCAGCGCAAAAAGAUGGGCCUCGACACCGACGGCUUGCUCGAUGAAACCCCAGAGCCAACCACGCCCGCAGACGCAGAACCAGAGCCGCUGCCGGAGGAGCCCGUAGUUAGCAGCAAACGGCCGCGCAGGCCACGCAAGGCAUCCGAAGCGCUGCCUGUCUCAGGCGAGCAUGAGCCUCCAGAGAUUGAUGAACCGGAGCCCAAAAAGCCGAAACUCAAGGUCAAGAUCAAUCUCCCAAAGCUCGCCGCAGAACCCCAGCCCAAGAAGCGUACCAAAAAGCCAGCAGAAACUCUGCUCUCCGACGUGCAGGCUUUCAUUGAUUUGCUGCGACAACAAACAGACCCGACUGACGGCCACUCGCGCACCGACAUAUUUGAGAAGCUUCCUUCGCGCCGCGACUACCCCGACUAUUACCAACUAAUCGCCAAUCCCGUAUCUAUCGAUACCAUCCUAAGAAACACCAAGAAGGGCGUCUACACCUCCAUGGUGUCCGUGCGCAGCGAUUUCCAGACCAUGUUCGAUAAUGCCAAGUUUUACAACCAGGAGGGCUCAUGGGUCUACAACGAUGCAGACUAUCUCAGCAACUUCCUCUCGACCCAUUUCCCUGGUCGCACGGACGCAGAGAAGUAG